AACUAGGUACCUUAUACAAGCGACAUGGCGCUAUCACAAGCUAUUAAAAUUAUAUUUUUCCUUUUUUAUACCCGCGGCUGCCAGGCAGAGGUGACAUCCCAUGCUAUCAUACCAAUAAUACCACCGAACUUCACUCAGCUCGCAGAAAAGGCCGGUCUACCUUGCGAGCAGGUGGACAUUACCACAGAAGAUGGGUAUAUUCUCACAAUUUUUCACAUUCCGGGAAACGAAAGCCAUCCUGUUCUCGUCCAAUCCGGGAACUUGGGGACGUCAGAUGACUACAUAACCAGGGGGACUACGUCACUGCCGUAUGUCCUAUGGCAAGCUGGAUAUGACGUGUGGAUGGCCAACGUGCGUGGUUGCCGCUACGGGCGCCGCCACGUCACACUCAACCCUGAUUUAGACGACGAAUUCUGGAACUUCUCCUUCCACGAAUUCGCCAUUUACGAUGCCCCGGCUAUGAUCGACUAUAUCCUUAAUAGAACAAAAGCGGCAACAUUGAGCGCCAUAGCAUGGUCCCUCGGAACCACGGUCUACUACGUACUUGGAGCUGAAAAACCGGAAUACAACAAAAAAAUAGACGUCAUGAUAUCAUUCGCUCCUAUUUGUUACUUCCAACAUUCCAUUCCUCUUGAUCUUAUUGGCCAGAAAAAUAGUGAUACAAUUUAUGGGAAUGAAACGAAACUGACAGACCAGUACGAGGUGUUUGGAGAAAAUUCGACCACAGUUGCUCGCUACAGGAUCAGAUGCUCGACUCCAGCUAAGGCGUACGAAAAUUGCGUUUUACCAAUCUUCUUCCCAAUUAUGGGGUACGACGAGGAGCAAUUGGAGCCUGAAUUUGCUCCUUUGGUUUGUCAACAUUGGCCUUCGUCGAGCUCCAGCCGGACUUUGAUUCAUCAGGACCAGAUUUUAUUGUCUAGAACCUUCGCCCAAUAUGAUUACGGUCCAACGGAGAACGAAAUAAGGUAUGGGUGUUCAAAACCUAAAGAAUAUGACUUGAGUAAAAAUAAUAUUAGCAUUGUUCUGAUUUCGGGGAAGAAUGAUCAGACGUCAACGUUACUGGAUGUGGACCUGCUCAAGACGAAGCUGCCCAAUGUCCGCAAAGACAUCAUACUGGAGCCUGAGAAAUUCAAUCACUUAGAUUUUGUAGCUGGCAGAGACACGCACAAAGUUUUGUACGAGCCAAUUAUUUUGGAAAUACUGAAGGAAUACAAUAACAUUAAUGAUUGUUGAAGAUUUUA